AUGCCUGAGACAUAUCACGCAGACCCGGAUUAUGAAUUCAGUCGUGACUUCAAAGGUUAUGGUGAGGCUGGUCUCAACAUCAAGUGGCCUAAUGACGCCAAGAUCGCAGUUUCGUUCGUUAUCAACUACGAGGAAGGGGCGGAGCGCAACGUCCUUGAGGGAGACGGCAUGGCAGAGUUCAUCCUGAGAGAGAACCCCCUGGGAGCUGGCGCCAUCAAUGAGCGCGAUUAUAGCGCAGAGUCGGAGUACGAGUAUGGCAGCCGCUCAGGGUGGUGGCGUCUGUUCAGACUAUUCAGCAAAUACAGGAUGAAGUUCACUCUGUACGCCGUCGCCCAAGCUGUGGAAAAGCAGCCGGAAGUUGCUCAAAGGUGUGUGGAAGAAGGACACGACAUCGCGUCGCAUGCCUAUCGAUGGAUUGAUUAUCAUGACCUCUCUAUCGAGCAGGAAAAGGACUACAUCCGCAAGGGUAUCUCGUCACUGAAGUCUCUGUCCGGAUAUGCGCCCCGUGGGUGGUACUAUGGCCGCCCGAGCCCCCGCUCCCGCACCCUUGUGCCGCAGGUCUACGAAGAAAUGGGCGAGGAGCUCUUGUGGGCCUCAGACACAUACGCAGAUGAUGUCCCGUAUUGGAUUGAUCUCCCUACCGAGCGAGACUCACCGAGUCCCAAGGGCUGCCUCAUGGUGCCAUACUCUUACGAUUGCAACGACUUCAAGUUUCAUGUUCAGGGUUCUGGCUUUCGAGACCCUCAGGGGUUCUACGAUCACAUCAAGAAUGCUUUUGAUGUUCUCUACGACGAAGGAGCUGAGGGCAUGCCUAAGAUGAUGACUAUCGGGCUGCACUGUCGUAUUAUUGGAAGGCCUGGUCGUUUCAAGGCCCUUCAGGACUUCGUGGACUACAUUAGCAAGAAGGAAGGGGUGUGGGUAGCGACGAGGAGUGAGAUUGCCGAAGCAUUCAAGCAGCAAUUCCCUUACAGGAAGGGUCACCUUGCUUAA